AUGGCGACUGGAGCGCACCUCCCAGAGACGUCCCUGUGGGCCAAUCGAAAAUGUCUGCUCAUCUGUGCCACGGUAGCCAUUGCCAACAUGCAGUACGGCCUGGACUCGGCGGUCAUUGCAAACUUGCAAGCCAUGCCCGGGUUCUUGCUUGUUUUUGGAUAUCCUGAUCCAGAGGCGGAGGGAGGAUAUGCCAUCGGUGGAACCUUUCAACAACUCAUCACCUCCCUCCUCACCCUCGGGGCCUUCCUCUCCUCCCUGACGGCAGGAGUCUUUGCCCACUUCUUCGGCCGCAGAACCGCUCUCUGGCUGGCCUGCCUCCUCACCGCGGCUGGCUGUGCGAUCCAGAUCGGCACCACGAACAAGGGCGUCGUCUACCUGGGCCGGCUCGUCCUGGGCAUCGGCAACGGCUUCCUGGUCACCUUUUCCAACAUCUACACAGCCGAGGCCAGUCCCGCCCACCUCCGCGCCGUCAUGGUCGCCAUGUUCUCGGAGUGGGUCAACAUCGGCAGCAUUAUCGGCUCUGUCGUGUGCAACGCCACCCAGGCCAGGCUCGACAAGGCCAGCUACCAGAUCCCCGUCGGCAUCCUCUUUGUCGUGCCCGUCGUGCUCGCUGCAGGGCUUCUCUUUGUUCCCGAGUCGCCGCGGUACCUCGUCAGCCGGGGCCGCAGGGAGGAAGGACGGCGCGCCCUCGAGAGACUGCGGGGUGAUUCUCUGCGGCCCGAGGAGUUUGAGCUGGAGUGGGUCGAGAUGGUGCGCGGCAUCGAGGAGGAGAAGAGGUCGGCACGCACCGUCGGCCCUCUGGACCAGUUCCGCGGGGCCGAAUUAAGGCGCACGCUGCUCUGCUACGGCAUCAUCAUGAGCCAGUCCGGCUCCGGGUCCUGGUUCGUCAUCAGCUACAGCACGUACUUCCUCGAGAUCGCCGGGCUCAGCACCGCCCAGGCCUUUCACUAUGCCAUCGUCAACACCUGCCUCGGGCUCGUGGGCGUCAACUUUGGCAUCUAUCUGAUGCGCCAUGUCCUGGGGCGGCGCAUGAUCCUGACCAUCGGGGCGGCGCUGCAGGGCGCGUGGAUGCUGGGCAUCGCCAUUGGUGCUGGGACUGUGAAUGCCGUGGGGAGCACCGCUGGGAAUAACAGCCUGAUUGCUUUUAUGGCGCUGUACGUCUUUACGUAUAACGCCUUUGUGGGCGACGCGAGUUAUCCUGUCGCGACGGAGCUGGUGAGCACGCGGCUGCGCUCGUGGACCGUCGGCUCUGCUAUUAGUCUGGGAUACUUUUUCGCCUGGCUGGCUGGUUUCUGUUCUCCGUAUUUUAUCAACCCUUCGGACCUCAACUGGGGCUCGAGAUAUGGCUACCUGUGGGCAGGCUCCAACUUCCUCUGCAUGCUGUUCUUCUUCUUCUUCAUGCCAGAGUUGAAGGGCCGCACCCUCGAGGAAAUUGACGAGCUCUUCGCCAACAGGGUUUCGGCGUGGGACUUCAAGACUUACCAGACCACCAUCCAGGACGAGGCGCUGGCCGAGGUGCGCAGGCAGGAGGGUCUAGCCGAGAAGGCUGCAGUACCCACCGCAGAGACCGUGGAACACACAAAGGCUUAA